UGGAAAUCUCACACAUAUUUUUUCAUACCGUCAAUAUGGCAGCCGCCAGAAUGGUAGUUACUAGCGCUGCCACUUGUGUAGCACUUCUGUUGUUUUUAGGAAAUGUUGACACAAAACAGAAUUAUGUACACGUCAAUCUAAGUGCGAAAUGGAACUCAACGCCUCUUUUUUUGGAAGCCAGUGAGUUCCUUUAUCAUGAAAAUGAAGAUUACUUCUGGAGAUUUGUGGAUGAUGUUAGCCAGAGAACGUCCGAGGAGAUCAAAUCAAGUUCCAAAGAAACUUCCUACAAUCUUCUCUUGGAGAUGGCUGCUAAGUAUCUCUCUUCUUUACAGCUUAACUUACUUAAGCUUACAUUAUCGUUGCGUGUCCAUUCUCCAGAUGUCGAGAUGUAUAGUCAGAUGGCUCAGGAAGAGAAAAAAAACUUAUUUGUCUCGCAGAAGAAAUUAGCUGAUAACUGUGAUGUGUUUGUAAAUAUUCAUGGUGAAGUAACAUGUAACGUUAAUGAUAUUGAUACACUUAUUAAAUCUGCUCCAAAGAGGCUAAAGGCUGUUACGUAUAAAUUUGACCAUCAUUACCCAAGUCCUGUCCAGGCUGAUGUAUUAGUUAUUUUAUACGCUCAGCUUGGAGAUUCUUCAAUGGCAGAAUUUCACAAGCACCUCAAAAAGCUGGCUGUCAGCAAAAAAAUCAAUUAUGUAUACCGACAUUACAUUCCAAAACCUUCUAACGAGAAGGUUUAUCUGUCAGGCUAUGCUGUUGAACUCGCAAUAAAAAGCACAGAAUACAAAGCAAAAGAUGAUACGAAAGUUGAAGAUGAAAAGGCCAAAGCAUCUGAAGAAAAUGCUAUUGGGAAAGAACUAAAAGGUUUUAACUUCAAAACGCUCUCACAGCUCUAUCCUGAUUUAAUACCUCAGCUAAGGGAAUUUCAUGACUACCUCUUAGAUACAGCCACAGAACUCACACCUAUGAAAGUCUGGCAGUUGCAAGACCUUAGUUUACAAGCUGCUCAAAAAGCCAUAUUAACGCCACCCAAAGAUGCUCUGAGUGUCCUGCAGACCAUCAGUCAAAAUUUCCCAGUUCAAGCAAGAUCUCUUGUUAGGACAUCAGUGUCAAGCGAUUUACGCAAGGAAAUUUUGAAAAACCAAAAGCAUUUUGAAAAUUACCACAAUUUGUCCCCUGGUGAAUGUGCCUUGUUUUUGAAUGGAAUUUCCAUUGAUGUUGAGGUCUAUGAUAUUUACACCAUCUUGGACUUAAUGCGUUCAGAAGCUGCUGUUAUGGAAGGACUCUUCUCUCUUGGAGUCAGGGAGGAAAGUUUAAAUAAACUGGUGAAACUGGAUUUAAAAAACAGCGGUGAUGAUUAUGUCUUGGAUUUCCGGCAUCCUUCCGUCAUGUAUGUAAAUGAUUUGGAAAAGGAUGUAAAAUACCGGCGCUGGCCUAACAGCAUUCAAGAAAUGUUGAGACCCACUUUUCCUGGAAUGUUAAGGCACAUUGCUAAGAAUAUUUUCCAUAUGGUGUUUGUGCUCGAUCCGUCUAAGUCCUCCAGCCGAGACUUGUUGAAGAUAGCUGAAGCGUUCUUUGUCCACAGUGCACCUGUCAGGAUUGGACUUGUUUUUGCUGUGAAUACGAGUAAAGAGGCAAAUGGUUAUUCUGAUUCUGGUGUUGCUAUUGCAAGAGCCUUCCAGUACAUCAAGAUUGACCAGGAUGCAGCUGCAGCUCUGUCAUUCAUCACAGACCUCUAUGACAAACAAAAAGACGACCUGACCUCUAAGUUCAUCUCCACAGAAUUUGCAAGCCGCUUCAAUGAUGAAGAUUUGAAUAAAGUUUUUGGAGAUGACGAUGAUUAUGACGACCUACGUAAAUCAGCAGAUGACUUUUUAGGCCGUUCCGGUUUAAGCGAUUUCCCUCAGGUUUUACUUAAUGGAAUUCCAUUGAAGAAAAAAUACCUCAAUGCCGAUAUGCUUGAAGAAGCUGUGGUCACUGAAAUUCUCCAGGGUACCCAUGAAGUCCAACGAGCUGUCUAUCAUGGUGAAUUGUCCGACAGCAAUAAUAUAUUGGAUUGGCUGAUGGAGAAGGACAAUGUGUUGCCACGUAUCAACUCACGGAUUUUGUCUGCACCUCUGAUGUAUUUAGACCUCACUGAGAGUGCUGCCAAGGAUGUUUUCCAUGAUGCUGAUCUUUUUGGUGCCUUGUCUAACAAAGAAAUGUCUUCGCAAAUGGCAAAGAACAUCUUCUAUAUGUCCAGGAAAGAUGAAUCCGUCAAUCUUCGCCCUAUAUCAAUAUGGAUUGUCACAGAUUUGGAAACGGUUAAAGGGAGACAACUUGUUUUUACGGCAAUUAAAACUCUGAGAUUUUCUAGUAGCUUGAGGGUUGGAAUAGUUUUUAAUCCCAGUGAUUCCAAAGCAAAAAAUGCCAUGAACAAAGCCAUUCAUGUUGCUUUGACGACACUGAGUGGAAACAUGCUCCGGAAUUUUGUCACGAAACUUGUCAAAGAAGAAAACAUAAAUGAACUGAAUGAUGGGACCAAAACCUUAAGGGAUCUUGAAGUUAGCGGUAUGGAUAUUGACCAGUAUAUGGCUACACUGGAGAGACAAGACGACACCUUUCUCAAAGUCAAUCACAUGUUUGUCGAAAGAGUUCUGUCUCUACCGCCUGGAUCACAUGCAAUUAUAGGAAACGGAAAGGUUAUUGGUCCACUAAAAGACGAUGAGGUGUUCAUACAGGAGGAUUUCUCAUUGUUUGAGAAACAUCUGAUGCAAACAAGUGCAAAGAAGAUCCAAGCUCAUGUUGAAUCUGCUAAUGCUAAUAGCGACAAGGCUAGUGACCUCGUGAUGAAGAUCGCCUCCUUACUGUCCGCAAAAACACUAAGUGAAAGCCGUAAAGACAUCAACUAUCAUACUGAUGGUCACAGCGUCAUCAAAAUACCUGCUGACCCGAAUGCACCCUCAUUUGAAGUUGAAGUCAUCAUGGACCCUGUAUCAAGAGAGGCUCAGAAGCUUAUUCCUAUUUUAAUUACCCUUCAAAGUGUUGCCAACAUGAAUAUCAAGAUUUAUAUGAACUGCAAAGACAAGCUGUCAGAACUGCCCCUUACAAACUUCUACCGCUAUGUACUGGAUCCUGAAUUGAAGUUCAGUGUUGAUGGAAAUGCCAUCUCUGUUCCUUAUGCUAAAUUUGAAAGCUUACCCCAAAAGUCGUUGCUCACCCUCAACAUGCACCCGCCAGAGAGCUGGUUGGUAGAAGCAGUGAAAUCACCCUACGACUUGGAUAACAUCAUGUUAGAAGAGGCCAGUAAUGGAGUAUCAGCUGAAUUUGAACUAGAAUACCUCUUGCUUGAAGGACAUUGUCAUGAUUCCAGCAGUGGCCAACCACCCCGUGGACUACAGUUUACUCUCGGUGCCAAUAACUCUGCUUCCCUUGUUGAUACUAUUGUUAUGGCAAAUUUGGGCUACUUUCAGUUGAAGGCUUAUCCUGGAGUUUGGCUUUUAAAGCUGAGAGAGGGGCGGUCUUUAGAUAUUUAUGAAAUCUUAAGCCAUGAGAUGACAGACACUCCAGCCGGAGCCAAAGAUCUUGUUGUUGCUAUCAACAGUUUCAAGAGUAAAACUAUUCGCAUUAAGGUUGGCAAAAAAUCAGAUAAGGUCAAUGAAGAACUACUCAAAGAUGAUGAAGAUGAGAGCAUGGGUAUAUGGGAUUCUAUAUCAAGUUCUUUUGGUGGAGGCAAGAAGGAGAAGAAAGAAGAUAAAGAUUCCACAUUAAAUAUCUUUUCCUUGGCAUCAGGUCAUCUGUAUGAACGUUUCUUACGAAUCAUGAUGCUAAGUGUUCUUAAAAAUACCAAAUCUAAAGUGAAAUUUUGGUUUUUGAAAAACUAUCUUUCACCAACUUUUAAAGAUUUCAUUCCUCACAUGGCCAAGGAAUACCAGUUUGAGUAUGAACUAGUACAGUACAAAUGGCCACGGUGGCUAAACCAACAGAAAGAGAAACAGAGGAUCAUCUGGGGCUACAAGAUCCUCUUCCUUGAUGUGUUAUUCCCAUUGAAUGUGAAGAAAAUCAUAUUUGUUGAUGCUGAUCAGAUUGUACGAACAGAUUUGCAAGAGCUGUAUGAUCUAGACUUGGGUGGGGCACCAUAUGGUUAUACGCCAUUCUGUAGUAGCCGGACUGAAAUGGACGGCUUCAGAUUCUGGAAAUCAGGAUAUUGGGCAAGUCACUUAGGUGGCCGUAAAUAUCAUAUCAGUGCCCUCUAUGUUGUUGAUUUGAAAAAAUUCCGUCGGAUAGCAGCUGGAGAUCGUUUGAGAGGCCAGUACCAAGGUUUGAGCCAAGAUCCAAACAGCCUUGCCAAUUUAGAUCAAGAUCUGCCUAACAACAUGAUCCACCAAGUGGCUAUCAAAUCAUUACCUCAGGAAUGGCUCUGGUGUGAGACUUGGUGCAGCACAAAAGAGUUGAAAAAUGCAAAGACUAUUGAUUUGUGUAAUAACCCGUUAACAAAAGAGCCGAAAUUACAAGCAGCCAUCAGGAUUGUCCCUGAAUGGAAGCAUUACGAUUAUGAAAUAAAAGUAUUGUGGGACAAAAUAUACAACACAAACACCAGAUUCCAGACAGAAUAUGAAAAACCUGUAAAAGAUGAAGAUAAAUUGCCAUCAAAGAAAGAUUCCAAGAAGACCGAAUUAUAACAAUAGCAGAUUUAGCGGUUAAUUAAAAUACAAAAAAAAACAAAAAACAAAACAAAAGACUUU